UUGAUAAACAGUUGUCCCCUACACUUUCAUAGAAAUCAAGCAAAUGACUGACUAGAGUUUGCACCAGCCAUGGCGCAGGAGCUUCGACGUCGUCUCCCCAGGAGGCACGCAGCGCCAAGGAGCAGCAAACACCUGGUCCUGGAAAGUAUCAAGGGCAUAAGCAAGGAGUAUUGCGCUGAAUCUUCCAUAUGUGGAUUAAAGCAUCUCGUCGAUGUAAACAUACCUUACUUCGAGAGAGUAAUCUGGGCGGUGACGAUGGUGGGGGCCCUCAUCUGCUCGGUGUCACUCGUGUGGAUGACCUUCACCCGCUACUACAUGGCGCCGCUCGUCACCACGCAGGUGCCCGAAGGAAUCUCUGUAAGUGAAAUCAUCUUCCCCGCUGUGGGCAUAUGCUCCACAAACAGGAUCAGCAAGAAGGCUGUCACAGAGUUAGCUAAGGAACUGUUGCAGCAACCCCGUAACAAGGGGUACAAUGAAUCUGAGAUGAUGUCCAUGUUACUGGGUCUUGGCCAGCUGUAUGACCUGCAAAUGAUCUCGUCAGCGACGCUCUCAGAUCCUGAGCAACUACAUGACAUCCUGGGUGACUACGAUACUAAGACCCUCAUGAGAAAUGUACGUACCAAUCAUCUUAUUAUACGAAAAGCGAUGAAUUGCUCGGAGCUGUUCGACUUCCGAAUGACGAUGAACGGCUACUGCUGCACCUUCAACUACUUGCGGGACUCCGAGGAGUUUGAUGAGUAA